AUGUUCGUGUGGCUGGGCGUCCGUUGGGAAUCCUGCAGGGGCACUGAUCGGUGGGGGAGAGCGCGGGGAGGAGGGGGGGUCGUCCCCAUGCACGAGAUGAUGCAUCACACUCGCCAAAUGGCAUCGUCUUCGCUUACUUCACCCCCUCUCUGCACUGUGAGCACACACACACACAGGUCCGUUGAUAUCGAACGUGAGGAGAGAUACCGUCUGCGCAACCAACAACAACAACGGAGUCCCCAUCUCUUGCGUCACUCCUUGCGUGGCCCACCUCUCAUUCACACGAUGGCCGCCGUGCACUCUUCCGACGAUCGCCUCUGCGAUGUCUCCAUACAUCUCUCCGACACUGAGUUUACCUCUCGCAUUGACUACGCUGACGCCUACGUACUCCCAACCACCUCCACUACAGCAGCUGCGUCUGCCGAUGUGACAACGCUUCCGAGGGCGACGCUCGUCUCGCCGUGGCUGCUCGUCUCGCCUUCGGUCUGUGACGCAGAGCCGUCAUCCUCUCGGUCCGUAGCAGUAACGGCAGCAGGCACAGCUCUCAGCCCUGCAGUGGAGGCGGUGCCCCUCGCUUGGCGGUGUCCGUCUUGCAACACGCUUGAAGUGGAGCAGCUGUACUGGCGGCGACCGCAGCGAUCCAAAGUAUCCGCCACAGAUGAAGCCUCUACCGCUGCUGCUGUCCGCGCUGCGCUGGCGCGCAGCAUGCGACUGAAUGCACUCUCACCAGCCCUGCAGGCGAAGCUGGAGCGGCAUCGAUGGCGCAGAGAGCGACGAGAGGAGAUGCGUUGGCGGCCGCUGCACAUCAACGCGCACUGUCGCAGCUGUUUCCUGUGUCCCCGCUGCGGCGGCCAUGGUAGUUUGCCAUUUUCCGAAGCAGCGCAAGUCAUUGGCACGAGCACGACCAAGUCCACAGCGGCAUCGUCGUCGCUGUCUCCCACCGCCGCUAACGUGCUCAGGAGCACUCAGUCUGUGAGCUCUCUCGACAUACGGCUCACCUCCGACAUGCAGUACUACGCCAUGUGUAUGUGCUGUCAGUGGCACAGCUACCGAGCCUUUCCCACGAUGGAGCAGCUCCUCGGGUAUUUGGAUGCAGUAAUGGGGGACGAGAAGGCAGAGACGCUGCGAGAGCGUCGGGCGGCGCAACGAAGCUUCAAUACAGCUCUUCGCGCCGGCCUCCCGGGGCUCCUGGGCGGCUACCCCGACCUGGAGGAUCACGUAAGCUCGCAGCACCGGCAGCAGCAGCAGGCAACCGUCUCGCAGGCUGCGUGGGACAAAUUUCGCCACCUGCGCAGCGCGCACAUGUAUGACCGCAGUGCCGGCCCUCCAUCGCACUCUUCAACGCCGCCGCCGCCGCAGCAGCAGCAACUCAACGACAAGAUGGUGAAAGAUGCCAUUAUGCACCUCCACCCUGCCCUCGCUCUGGAGCAGCUGCGCCACCAAGAGCAGCAGCGCCAGGAGGCUGCACGCGUAGUGCCGCUCCUCCAAGGUGUGAGCCAAGCCGCGCCGCAGACGGUGCGGGUCGUGGACUUUGCUCGUGAGGCCGUAGCUCAGCUGCAGGCAGCGCAGGACGGAGAGGCGAAAGACAGGAUACCCCUCAGUGAAUCGCCACCCGCACAUCGCUCGGCCCCCUCUGCCUCGAUCACCGCCGGCAGCGCCGAUAAAGAUGUCGAAGUCAACUUGAUCGCACGUACUCAGCAGUGCUUCCUGGGACUUCCGCUGGAAGCCGUGGACACUCGCCAGCAAGGCAUACAGACGUGGAUGCAGCGCUAUCAGCCAGCGGCGGUCGUGGCGCAAGAACGCAAAACAGCGGCGGCAGCAGCAGCAGCAGCCGUGACCAGCAGCUCCGCCCUCAUGCACACGCCAACGUCCGCCUACCUGCACUCCGUACUGCUUCGUGAGCAAGACCGACCGCUUGGCCUCCCGGCAUACUACAUCCCUAGGGUCCGCAAGGAGCUCCUCACGGCGCUUGUGUGGCGGCUGCCGCCGGCAUCGGCUACCAGGAAACCGCCGACAGCAGAGCAGUCUCCUCCAUGCACUCGUCUUGUUCUCCUCGACCGGCAUGCGUUGUCAGAUGAGGAAGUGCGACAGGUGUGCCAGCACUGGGUCGACGAGCGCACGGCGCAGGUAGAGCGGCACGAGCGGAAGCGCCGCAGCGAGCUGGAGCAGCAGAAGGGUGCGGGUAGCACCACCACUGCCGGGAAGCAAUGGGGCAACGGCGACGGCGGCUUCGACUCGGACGGAGGAGACGAGGAGGAUGACGAUGAUGACGAGGGCGUCGAACGCCCCAAAGGCGGCGCCUCGCAAGGCUCGAUGCACCCGGCAACGGCCCAGCACGCACCACCGCAGCAGAGCAUCAAGAAAAGUGUGCCGUCAAAACUGCCGCUGCCGUUGUUCCUGGACGGCACCGGCUUUUCCGCCCUGUCGUGCCUGCCCUUCCUCGAGUACGUGCGAAGUGGUGGUGGCAGCAACGCACGCCCGCGCGAGUGGCAGUUCCGCUUGAUGAACUUGCACAUGAUGCAUGACGUGUAUCUGACAAGGUUUGAGGUCCUGCGGACUGUGAUCGCCCCAUCUUGCGCCGCUGGCGCUCCACAUGCGCGCCCUUCGCCUUUCCUUUUAUCUGCCAGUGCCGCCUGUGUGACGAUGCAGCUUUCCUCGCCGUCAGUGCCUGCUGUGGAGCUCCCAGUGGUGCUGACUCCUCGCUGCUCCCCAGAGGAACGUGCUGCAGCCCUCGCGGCAGUCCUGCAGGGUGGCGAUGGCUCCCGUGUCGGAGAUGCGGGCCCCUCGCCACCGCUUAGCAUCCCCCCAAUCCUCACCAUGGGCAUCACCACUCCGCCGAUCCGCCUGCGAGAGCUGCACAUCACUCUUCGCGACACAUCCGCGACACAGGCUGGUGAGCCUUCAUCACCGCCCAUGCGGACUCCUCUCCGUUACCUGGAGCUUCUGGUGGAGGUGCUGACGGCACUUUCGGAUGUCGAGCACAUGCGUCCUCAGUACCACACUGUGCGCUAUGGACUCGCCGUGACACUUAGCUCGUGCUGA